AUGCUUUUCCUAUUUUAUAAAGGGAUUCUACUUCAGGAUAACAGGGAGAUAACAGAUCAGCCAGGACAAGUUGGCGCGAAAGUCGAUACAUCAAUAUUGACGUUUGAAGGACAAACAAAUUUUCAUCAUUUAGUACAGUCAUAUUUUUCACCAGAAAGAACGGGAAAUCGCUAUGUUUAUACCGGUAGAUCUCGAGGAACAGUACACA